AUGUCGGACCAAGCCUUGGCUGGUUGGUUUGUUUGUGGAAAUGUUAGGGUCUUGGCUGUAUUUGUUUAUGCGAGUUGUUUCCGUAGGAAAAGGCUGGAGUUGUGGGAUUUUUUACGUGCGCUUGAUGCGGGGACCUGUCCAUUCUUUGUUGGGGAUGAUGUCAAUAUUGUUCGUAAUAAUGAUGAAAAAGUGGGGGGUCUUUUGAGGCCUUAUCGUCCCGAAUUGGAGUUUAAUCAUUGUAUCCAUGAUUGUGGGUUGAUAGAUAUCCCUUCGGAUGGUAAUAAAUUCUCUUGGCGUAAUGGGAGGCAGGGAGGUAGGCAUAUUUGGGCAAAGCUGGACUGCAUUUUGGUAUCUUCAUCGUUCCUGAAUUCCUUUGGGGAAGCUCGGAUGGAGUUCCUUCUGUGGACUUCUUCCGAUCAUUGUCCUAUGUUGUUAUUUUUAAAGAGGGAGAGAAGAGGGGAUAUUAGAUAUUUCAGAUUUCAAGGGAUGUGGGGAACACAUGAGGGGUUUCUUCCUUUGGCUCGGGAAGUGUGGAAUCAGAGUUUGGAAGGUUCGCCUAUGGUGAAAUUAGCUAAGAGGUUAAAGUUGCUAAAAGCCAUGUUAUGGAAGUGGAACUUUGAGACAUUUGGACGGGUUGAUUUGGAGUUGGUGAAGGUGGGUAAUCGAUUGGUGGAGCUUAAGGAUUUGUUAGCUGCUGAAUUCACACAGGAGCGUGAAGUGGAUGUUUUAGCUUGUAAGCAACAACAUCUUCAAUGGUUGAAAAGAGAAGAAAUGCUUGGACGUCAAAAGUCCCACAUUAGAUGGCUCAAGGAAGGGGAUUCCAAUUCUGGUUUUUUCCAUACUUCCAUGUGGGUGAAAAAGAAGAAUUUAUUGGUGAAACAUAUGGUUUUGGAGAAUGGGAGUGAGUUGGGUUCGGCGGAUGUUGUACAUGCUGAAGCAGUCUGGUUCUAUCAGGAAUUGUUGUCGACGUCAGCGGUAGCUUUUGAUGAAAAGCAGCUAUGUUUGUUGACGCCAACUGUUUCAGUGCAGGAGAAUGAAAUGCUAUGUGCACCGCCGACAAUGGAGGAUGUGAAGAUAGCAGCACUAUGGUCUAUUCCUUAG